UGAAGACACAACUCCAUCCUUCAGGAAGAUCUCUCUGGGAUGUGAAACUCCUGAAAUCUGAGAUUGCUGCCCAUCACUCUGAUACUUGGCUGUACACACAGUUGCAUAAUGUUCUGAAGGGUGCCUCUGAGCAGUGAGAGGGCGCAAGGAGAGCGGACUCCUGGCGCAUGGUCAAGCCGAGUUGGGGCUCUCCAGGGGCGGCGGCGCUCCCUUCCCGCUGGAGUCCGCGGUCUCGAUGCCCCGGAACCACGCAGAUGCCGGCGGCAUGGCCGACGAAAAGCGAGUGGAGUUCGUGGGGCUGACGGCGGUAGAGAGUGGGUCCUCAGGCCGGGACGGGGUGGCUGCGAGCCCCGGGGAGAGACACCAGGGCAGCCGCCUGAGGCUGGCACCUCAGCCUGGCGAUGGAGAGAGGUUGGUCCUGGCCGGAUUGCCUGGGGACAGUGUGCAGAGUGCCCGCGUCGGGCUGCUGGGCAGACCGCUGCCCCUCAAACACGGCAACAAGAGGAAUGCCCGCUACCGAAAGCUUCAGAACUGUCUGUACAACGUGUUGGAGAGACCGCGGGGAUGGGCGUUCAUUUAUCAUGCUUUCAUAUUCCUGCUUGUCUUCAGUUGUCUCGUCCUGUCAGUGUUUUCCACCAUACCUGCGCACCAGGAUGUGGCAAAUUCCGGACUCUUUAUUCUGGAAUUCCUCAUGAUCAUUGUAUUUGGAAUGGAGUAUGUGGUCCGAAUUUGGGCAGCUGGCUGCUGUUGCCGAUACAGAGGAUUGCAGGGGAGGCUCCGAUUUGCUCGAAAACCAUUCUGUGUAAUUGAUUUUAUAGUAUUUGUUGCCUCUGUUGCUGUGAUAGCUGCUGGGACCAAGGGAAAUAUCUUUGCAACUUCAGCACUCCGUAGCAUGAGGUUCCUACAGAUUCUUCGGAUGGUACGGAUGGAUCGUAGGGGUGGAACCUGGAAGUUGCUGGGAUCUGUUGUGUAUGCUCACAGUAAGGAGCUGAUUACAGCCUGGUACAUUGGGUUCUUAAUACUCAUUUUCUCUUCUUUCCUCGUUUAUCUGGCUGAGAAGGAGGCAAAUUCUCAAUUUUUGACAUACGCAGACUCCCUGUGGUGGGGUACAGUUACACUAACAACAAUUGGCUACGGUGAUAAAACUCCACAAACAUGGCUUGGUCGAAUGUUGGCAGCAGGAUUUGCACUAUUAGGAGUCUCUUUCUUUGCUCUACCAGCUGGAAUUCUAGGUUCUGGUUUUGCCCUCAAAGUGCAAGAACAACAUCGACAGAAACACUUUGAGAAAAGAAGAACACCUGCUGCCAAUCUCAUUCAAGCUGCUUGGCGUCUCUACUCUACAGAUGUGAGUCGGCCAUACCUGACGGCCACCUGGUAUUACUAUGACAGUGUUCUACCUUCGUUCAGGCAUAAGCUAGGAUUCAGAGACAGAAUGAAGAUGAAUAGUCCAAGGAUUCAGAGCAUGAGAAGCAAGCAAGCUUCAGCCCCAAGUAUCCAGCGCUCACCCAGUACAGAGAAUGCGACACAGGUCAGCCCCACGAAGGUGCAGAAGAGCUGGAGUUUCAACGACAGGACCCGAUUCCGAGCAUCACUCCGAUUAAAACCCAGAACAACUGUGGAAACUGAGAACAUGGGCGAUGACAACUAUGAUGAAAAGACAUUUCACUGUGAUAUCAGUAUGGAAGAUGUAAAGCCCGUUGUGAAAACCCUCAUCCGAGCCAUUAGGAUCCUGAAAUUUCUUGUAGCAAAGAGAAAGUUUAAAGAGACUUUGCGACCAUAUGACGUAAAAGAUGUGAUCGAGCAAUAUUCUGCUGGUCAUCUGGACAUGCUUGGCCGAAUCAAGAGCCUCCAGUCCAGAGUUGACCAAAUCAUUGGGAAAGGCCAAAUGCCCACCGACAAGAAAUUGCGUGAAAAAGGAGAGAAAGUCCCACCAGAACUGGAACCCUUUGAUGAGUUGAGCAUGAUGGGACGGGUGAUAAAAGUGGAAAAACAGGUGCAAUCUAUUGAACAAAAGCUGGACAUGUUGUUGAUGAUCUAUAGCCAGAGUUUAAGCAAAGGUUCAGUGACAGCAUUGACUCUGGCUGCAAUGAACAUUCCUCUAAUUGACCAGGACCUGACCUCUGACUAUCACAGCCCAGUGGACACUGCAGAUAUCUCUAUGUCUACCCAGACGUUGAACAUAUCUGCCUCCACAAAUCUAGAGUAAGGUGAUUAAAAGGUCCAGGUGACCCAGGCUGAUUUAUAACCUGACUGAACGUGGUUAUGUGGAUUGGCACAAACAAACCUAAGAAGACAUUUUAAAAGCCAUCAUUAUUGUUUUGCAUUUUAAUUUAAUGAUGUAUUUUUAAAACCAAUGAUCAACUUUCAAAGAACAAGUCUCAACAUUUCAAAGAAUAUCUUCUGUGACCUCGAAGACAAUUACUGGGCCAAAGUGGGAGUAAAGACAUCUGAUGUCUCCUAUGAUUCUGAAACAGCAAACACAAUUCGUCAAU